AUGUGUCAGGCCAGAUAUGGGAAGAUUGUGUCAACAAAGGCCAUCCUAGACAAGAACACCAAUCAAUGCAAAGGCUAUGGCUUUGUGGACUUUGACAGCCCUGCAGCAGCUCAGAAGGCUGUGGCCUCGCUCAAAGCCAGUGGAGUCCAGGCACAGAUGGCGAAGCAACAGGAGCAGGACCCCACCAACCUCUACAUCUCGAACCUCCCGCUGUCCAUGGAUGAGCAGGAGCUGGAGAACAUGCUGAAGCCCUUCGGUCACGUCAUUUCUACACGGAUACUGAGGGACGCCAAUGGCCUGAGCAGAGGAGUUGGCUUUGCUAGGAUGGAGUCGACAGAGAAGUGCGACGUGGUGAUUCAAAAUUUCAACGGGAAAUUCUUGAAAACCCCUCCAGGCAUGACAGCCCCUGCAGAGCCAUUGCUGUGCAAGUUUGCUGACGGAGGCCAGAAGAAGAGGCAGACCCAAGUCAAGUAUCCCCAGAAUGGCCGACCGUGGACACGGGAAGGAGAGACUGGUAUGGCGUUGACGUAUGAUCCCACCGCGAUGCAGAAUGGGUUCUACUCUUCACCAUACAGCAUCUCCACCAAUCGGAUGAUUGCACAGACGUCAAUCACGCCCUUCAUCGCUGCCUCUCCUGUCUCUACAUAUCAGGUCCAGAGUACAUCUUGGAUGCCACAUCAACAGUAUGUUAUGCAACCUACAGGUGCUGUGAUCACCCCAGCGACGGCCAUCGAGCCCAGUUUGUCUCUUCACCCCUCCGGUGUAAUGGCUCCUCUCACCCAGCAGAUGAACCACCUGUCUCUGGGCACCACAGGCACCUACAUGCCUGCUGCAGCGGCUGCUCCUAUGCAAGGAACCUACAUUCCCCAGUACACUGCAGUGCCUGCCUCUGCCAUCACAGUGGAAGGCGUGGUGACAGACCCAUCUCCACAGACAGCCGCCCCCUCUUCCCAGGACGCCAGUGGGCAGCAGCCUUUAUCAGUGGAGAAUACAGGAGAUCAUGCCACAGCCUACUCUUACCAGCAGUCUAAAUAACAAGAUUGGUAGGAAUCAUUGCUGCAUUGCCUUUAGAAGGACUGCACUGAGGCGCUGGAGACACGGAGGGAAUCAAAAUGAAACAAGGACAAAAAAAGAGGUGACAUGGGCAACACUGAGGGGAGAAUGCUUCCACUGUGCACAGGCACCAAAUAAAAGACAAAAUGAAAAAAAAAAUCAAUUAUAUUUCUUACCUGGUUGAACCAACAAAAAGACAGAGGAGGAAAAAAAAGAAACGCUGGUUUGCUGAACUUGAGGACAAUGAAUUCAAACGCAGUCUGCAACUUUGAGUUUAUCAUUUCUCACUGUGAGACUGGACUUUGCCUCCGAAGGAAAAAGAGAAGACAUCGGCUGAAAUCUAAACUCAACCAACAAGCUGUACAGAAAAAAAAGAACAUUUGAAUGUGCAGGUAGAUUUUCAGACUUUUUUUAUUAAAAAAAGAAAGGAAGCAAAGUCUAGAGAAAAAAAAACAGGUUGUCUUCCUUUGAUAUUAAGCUACAUUAUUUUCAUUCUUUUUAUUAUUUGAGUAGUUUUCUAGAAUAUCAAUGUUUUCGUAAAUCUUUAUUGCCUUAAUUUUCUCAAACUUUGGGAAAAAAAGUUUCCAUAGUGUUGAAUUAUUAAAAAAAAAAAAGAGUGGUUGAAUGAUUUGAGAGCUUCUUGGAAAGUUCUGUGAUGAAAUCUACAAAGCUAUUUGUACAGGAUUUAAGAAAAAAAAAAUAAGGUUGUAAUUGUAUGAAGAUAAUUUUAAAUUAUGUGGUGCAGUGCAGCUGAUGUUGGAUGGUAAGAAAAAAAAAUCUUCUUUAAUGCAGGAAGGGUCAAUCCACUGCUUCCUGGAAAAUGCAGUUAAGUUUAACCAUGGGAUAAAAAGUUAUGUUUCUUCAUCACAUUUGUAUUUUUUGUUUGUUUGUUUUUCGAUUGCAGUCUUUUUACCUUCAAAAGGUUUUUGCUUUGCCUGCUUUGCUUGUCUCACUGCAAAAAAAAGAAAAGUAAAAAAAAAAAAGGAACAUUUCUGACUUUGAGAAAAGCAGAAAAAAAACCGCUAGGAUUUUUAAAUGUGCAAAAAGCAAUAGUUUUAGUAAAACUGUUGACAGUUUCUUGAGUCUUUCUUAACCGUUGAACAAAAGCAGCCAGCAGGUGGCAUAUUUUAUACCAAAGAUGAAGAAACUAGGUAGUGAAGAGAUCUUCCUUAUGUUGCUUUUUCUUGAUUUUUUCUCACCUCUGAAACUGAGAUGUUUCUUGCUUGUCAUGCUGUUGGCGUGCAAGAUGACUUUAUCAGUGACUGAGGACAUGCAGUAGGUCUUUAACACAACUGCCUCAACCAGAAGAGUGUGCUCUGAGAUGUUUUGUUUGUCAUGUGAUCAAACACGGUGAUGAUCUGUAGUGGCGCUGUGACAUCUGUUGAGAGACCAGACACCCUGUGUGAUACGGAGAGAGUGGAGGAGGUAGGUAUGUUAUUGGGAAGUUGGUAUGCUCAGUUCGGUGAUAAAGAGGCUGAAAACGCAUUAUGUCCUGUGGAAAAUUGGUGUGUACUCCACCUUCUUCAGGCUGCGUUGACCAAUCUGAAAUCCUCAUCACAACAGCUUAAAUGCUUUCAUUUUGAAACGCAUAGUCUCAGUCCAUAAGACAAACUGUUUUACGCCGCUGUCUUGCCAAACACAAGCCAUUUAAAAUGUGAGCAAGCAAUGAUCUCUGUUAGAGGAAAGGGCAUUUCUGUUAAACAAAAUCAUUUCAGCUUCUGUAUAUUCUACAAGGACUAGGAGAGAUGUUUUGUUUUUCUUUAUGUGUUGCCGUUUUUUUUUUUUGUCUUUUUUAAAAAUUGAUUAUGAUGUGUGAGCUGCUAAACACUUUUCAUUAUUGGGGACUGAGGCAGGCUUGUGUUGGGUAGGUGUGGACGAGGUACACCUCCAGCAAUUUGAAGCCAAGAUCACGACAGUUAAUUGUUAUCCAUGACUUGGAUGCGUAAAAACUUCCCACAAGUCUUGAGAGAACAGACGUGUUCCUGCGUGCAGCCCUCGAAAAAACACACUGAAAUACGAGAAUACUCUCAUCUUCAAUAGGUGAAAUCAACGAAUAGGAAUCUUCACUAUUGUAUUUGUAAUAAAAGGGCAUCAGUUGAGAACAAAAACACUAACAGACUUUAACUUGCUGACACUGGCCCAGAGGUCACACCCUUGAAGCCCCACCUACCUGACCCGCCUUCACCAAUGAAAAGAAGCUAAUGGAGACGUGAGGAACAGACGGACACACAGAAAAGGCGUGGUUCAACCAAAAUCAAGCAGAUACAAACCUCUAUGGGAAAAAAAAAUAAAUUAUUUGAAAGAAGAGAGAAAGUAGAGUAAGCGAGAACAAAAAGAAUAUUUAUGAGAUCUGUUUUUUGUACAGGUGUGUAAAAGAAGAUGCAACAGAAAUAACUUUGAUGAUGCUAUUUUUUUAUUUGCUUGGUCACAUGCCUCCCAUGUCUUUCAAAUUGUGAUUCUGAGAGUGUCUGUAGAACCAGUGGAUAUUGCUGUAGUUUCAAAAUGUCUCUUUUCUUUUUGUUUUCUUUUUAGACAAAUCUUUCAAUAAAAAAAAAGAAAUGUUUCAAA